AUGACCUCCGGACACGAACAACAAGACAGAUCAUCUGAGACACAACCGCUUUUGGCUCAAGCGUCGGGUGAUAAUGAGCAUACCACCGACCACCGCAGCCCAUGGCAUGAUUGUCCUGCCCCAAAUGGGUCAUUCGGCACCGCGAGAGGUGAUGACGAGGGGGGCAUAAAAGCCGAAAACAAUAUAUCAAGCGCAAGGGCCAGGUUAACGUUCAUCUUCCCAGCCCUCGCCAUCGGUAUAUUCCUCGCUGCUGGCGACCAGACAAUAAUCGUCUCUAGCUAUGGCCGUAUCGGGAGCGAUCUCGAUGAGCUCGACAAGACGGCCUGGCUAGCCACGGCAUACCUUUGUACCACGACCGCCUUCCAGCCGCUGUAUGGCAAAUUAGGGGAUAUCUUCGGCCGGAAGGCCUGCCUCCUCUUUGCCUACUCCGUGUUCGGACUAGGGGCUCUACUCUGCGGGCUGGCCGGCAACAUGACCCAGCUGAUCGCCGCGAGGGCUCUAACGGGCAUCGGCGCCGGAGGCAUCAUCACGGUGGUGUCGAUCCUGCUCAGCGACAUUGUCACGCUCGAGGAGCGCGGCAUCUGGCAAGGCUAUGUCAACAUGGUCUUUGCCUGCGGCGCGGGGCUGGGGGCACCGCUCGGCGGCAUCUUGACCGACGCAAUCGGAUGGCGGUGGGCCUUCAUCGGCCAGGGCCCGCUCUGCGCCAUCGCCAUCAUCCUGGUCGCCAUCCUCCUCCAACUCCCCCCACCGCCCACCGACGACAGCACCACCACACCCCCUAACACCAACAAACCCGCCACCACCACCCGCGCCAAACUCGCCCAAGUCGACUUCCUCGGCGCCACAACCCUCAUCACCGCCCUAACCACCCUCCUCCUCUACCUCGACCGCCUCUCCACCACCCCCACCCCCAACUCCCCAACCCCCUGGACAACGCACCUCUACCUCCUCACCAGCGCCCUCGCCCUCCUCACCUUCCUCUACACCGAACACACCCUCACCCGCCACCCCCCUAACCCCCCUGGGCCUACUAUUCGGCCGCCCCCUCCUAGGCGCCUACCUCGCCCUGGCCUUCGGCAACGUCGCCUGGCCACGGCGGGGCAUUUCUCGGCCUCGGCUGCGGGCGCGUUGUUGUUGCCGGGCAUUGCGUCGGGGGUGGUGGGUGGGUUUGUGGGCGGGGCGGUGUUGAGAAGGGGUGGGGGGAGGGGGUUUCGCGGGUUGGCGUUGGCGGCGUAUCCGCUGGUGGGGAUGGCGUGUGUUGGGGUGGCGGUGGGGGCGGGGGUGAUGUUUUGGGCUGGGGGGGGUGGUGCGGCUAGUGGUGUUGGUGGUGGUGGUGGUGAUAAUGGGGGGUUGUCGGUUGCGGGUGUGGUGUGGGGGAUGAGUGGGAGUUUGUUUGUGGGCGGGCUGGGGAAUGGGGCGGGCAUGACGGCUACGCUGGUCGCGGUUGUGGCGGUGGCGAGCCCGGAGGACCAGGCGGUGGUCACGGCGUGUGUGUACCUCUACCGCCAGCUCGGGGCCACGGUCGGGUUGGCGGUCAUCUCGUUGGUGUUUCGCCGGGUUCUCGCGGCGGCGUUGGUUCGUCGGCUUGGUGGUGCGGAUGUGGACGAGGUUGUGCGGCGCGUGUUGGAGUCGUUGGACUAUUUGCAGCAUCUGCCGGCAGAGACGCGCGUGGUUGUCGAGCAGGCAUACGGUGAGGCAUGCCGUGCUGCCCUGCUGCUCUGCGCGGGCCUGGCUGUCUGCGCCAUUGUGUUUUCGUGUUUCAUCAAGGAGAAGAGACAGAGCGGCAGGGGUGUGAUGUUACCUAUACCGACAGUUGAAUAA